ACUAUUUGAAUUAAUAAAAAAAAUACAAUUUAAACGGAAAUAUAAAUUGAAUGAUCAAACACGAUACAUAAAUAAUCAGCAUUAGAUGUAAAACAAUAUAAGGUGCGAUGAUGCGAUCUGCUAAUCUGUUAUGCUCCAACCUCCAUUAACAAAGCAAGUAGAACGAACACUAAACAACAAAUACCACGUUUAUAUUAAAAACCAAACACGUGCAAUUCUCAAACUCUUAAACCCACCAAAAAAAAAAAAAAAAAAAAAAAAAAAAAAUCAAAGACUCUGUCAUGACGUAAAGUAUAUCCGGUCAACUUUAUUUACGAAUUACCGAAAAUACCCCUCACAUUUCUACUAAUACGACACCGUUUUGUCGUAAGCGCUAAACCCCAACCUUCAACCGUUAAUCGGAUGGUCGAAACACGAAAAUCUCCCAUUCCUCUCUUUCUCUCUCCUCUCCACUCACUUUCUCUCUCUAAAAUGAAAUCAAAUUCUUUAGGGAUUCAUAAAUUUAUAUAAUUUCAAUCAAUAAUUUACAAUUCAUCCGUUACGAAUCAAAUAUUUCCCCAAUUUAUUUGAUUUUAAUUCCAUUCCUUAUUCAUCAGAUUUGAAAUCACUUCGGAUUUUCAAGAAAAUCAUUCAGUAUUUAAUUUGAUUGAUUUAUAAAUAGGGCAAGAAAUUGUGAAAUUCGAUCUGAUUUUUUUGUGAAUAACAAUGGCGGAUCAAGAGGAAGAGGAAUUGCAGAUGGCGUUGAGGAUGAGUAUGCCGCCAAGCAAUUCUCCGCCGGAGCCGAAGAGGAGUAAGCCUAGAGAUGUCAGUAUUACUUCCGCCGGAGCUUCACCGGUGGUGGAGUCGCCGGAGUUGAAGAACCGGCGGCUUCAACGGGAGCUUAUGGCUGCCGCGGCGGAGAAGAGGAUGAUGAUGAUGACGACGAGUAUGUCGAAUGCGCCAUUGUUGAGUGUUAGUGCCCCCGGGACCGGAGGCGGAAGCGGAAGCGAGGGUGAAAUUGAGGUGAAGAUUACGGAGGAGGUGAAGGUGAGGGAGGUGAAAAUGAGGGAGAAUUUAGGGGAGGAGUUAUUGGUGGACGAGGCGAAUCAGUUGUUUUUCAUGAUUUUUGGUGGGAAUGUUACUAAGGAGGUUCUUGCUCAGUGGACUAAUCAGGGUAUUAGGUUUAGCCCUGAUCCAGAAACUUCUAUGGGCCUGGUGCAGCAUGAAGGAGGCCCAUGUGGCGUGUUAGCAACAAUUCAAGGGUUCGUCCUAAAAUAUCUUCUGUUUGUUCCAGAAGAGUCAAGUAAUAAUGCAUUAAGAAUACCACAGAGAUCUUGGAACCGGGAAUCUGUUACCCCAGAAAAUUUUGCUUCCAUCUCAGAGGAUACUAGAAAAAGGGCACUUGUGAAAAGUAUGGCAGAGAUAUUAUUUCGUUGUGGAAGUAAUAAAAAGGCAGUGGUUGCAACUCUUGAUGUCCUCGACCAAAAUGGUGAAGGCAACAGUGAUGGGCCACUGGAUGAGAUGAUAUUGAAAGCUCUAGAAGGUUUUUCUAUUGAGUCUGCUUCAGAUUUGCAGAAAACCCUGAGAGUAACGUCUUAUAAAUCAUCUGCCAGUGCAAUUCAGAGACUUGAGAUGAUGCUUCCUGUCUUUGAAAGUCGUAUGGGAGCAAUGCUAUUUUUGAUCUCAGCAUUGCUUUCUCGAGGACUGGAAUCCAUUCAAGCUGAUAGGGAUGAUCCAAGCCUGCCGCUAGUCACUGCCCCUUUUGGUCAUGCCUCGCAGGAAAUUGUAAACCUAUUACUGUGUGGACAGGCUGUUGCGAAUGUGUUUGAUGAGAGGAUAGACUUAGGAGGUGGCAUGUUUUUGAAGGGUGUAUCCACUGAUGUGGAAGUUGGAUUCCUCACCCUGCUUGAGUCCCUCAACUUCUGUAAAGUUGGACUGCAUUUAAAACGCCCAAAAUGGCCGAUAUGGGUUGUUGGGAGUGAGUCACAUUACACAGUCCUAUUUGCUUUUCAUCCUUCUGUUCAGGAGGAGAAUGAAAUGGAGGAGAGGGAAUCAAGAAUCAGGAGAGCAUUUGAUGCACAAGACCAGAGUGGAGGUGGCGGCUUCAUUAGUGUUGAGGGCUUGCAUCAGGUCCUUAAGGAAACUGGCAUAAACCUUCCCUCUGAUAAGCUUGACCGCCUCUGCAGCGCAGGCUUUAUAGUAUGGAGUGAGUUCUGGCAGGUUCUUUUGGAUUUAGACAGGAACUUGGGAGGUUUCAAGGAUUCCUCGGGGUUAAUGGGAAAAAAGGUGUUUGAUCUCUACCAUUUCAAUGGAAUUGCAAAAUCAGUAAUUAAUGGAAAUCAAGGUGAGACACCCUUUCAAAGACCGCGGAUUACUAAGCUGCGAGUUUCGGUUCCACCUAGGUGGACACCGGAGGAAUAUAUGGCAGAGGCAGCACCCCCUUCAAGCUCCAGUGGCAAUGAUACUGCUGGAAAAGAUGCUGCUAAAGCUGUUGCACCUGAGCCUCCGCAACAUGCUCCACUUGUAGACUGCAUUAGAACGCGGUGGGCUCGUGCAAAUUGCAAUUGGACUGGGGAGCCUCCAAGUAUCGUUUAGUAUCUAUAUGAUGUGUUGUAUCCAACCAUCAGCUCUCGUUCAUAUACCCGCCGGUGUGUGGACAGUCUAGAACCUAGAGUAAAUGAGUUGAGGGGACGCAUGAGACUGUUAUUCUCAGAGCACAGCUUUGGUUGAACAAACUUUGCACUGGUGGUGUUGGUUUGUGAUACAGAUAGGCACCAAAUUUUCGUGCCCUGUUGUAACUGUCGUAUUUGACAUUGAUUUCAUUUGUCGAGUAUUUCUCGGAAGAACUAGUUCCCUGAUAAAUUUGUUAAUAGAUUGUGCAUAUCCCUGGAUGCAUAUGUUAUCAUUAGAGAACUUUUCUUUUUAUAUAUGAAGAUCAUGUCAUAUUUUUCUUCUGUAUAUCUUCA